AGACAAUUGGUUUAAUUCUCGUGUUGAUCAUUGAUAAAUUUUCAAGAGUUAAUUUAUUACACUAUUAAAAAUUGUUUCUAUCAGAAAUUGAUAUCACAAAUGGGUUAUUUAGGGUUUGCUGUUGUUCUGCUUGCCUCUUUUGAGGUUGGCUAUUUCCUAAAAACGUUUGUAUGGACUCUGGGAACUCGGAUCUUGAGGUCUAGAAUUCAUCCUCUGCAGUACUCCUCAAUUUAUGGAAUUGUCACAACCCGAGAUAUCGAUGUGUUCCUCACCCACCUUAACAACUCGCGAUUCUUGCGCGCCAUGGACUUUGGUCGGUUCGAUCACAUUUUCCGCGGCAGGAUCAGCGCAGCUCUGACCAAGACCAAGUCUAAUGCUCUUGUGUCAAGCUCCGUAAUUCGGUACCGGAAGCCUCUGUACAUAUUCUUGCCUUAUGCCAUUGACACAGGGGUGGUGUACUGGGACGACCGCUCAGUGUACUACCGCCAGGACGUACGUACUCUUCACGACAAUUUCGUGCGCGGCACAGCCUACCUCAAAGUCACCAUGAUCGGCGCGUCGCCCGCCGACCUCCUCGAGUACGCCCUUAAAGGCUACCGGGGAUCCAUGGACUGGGGCAAGACCUUCAUACCGCAGGUGCUUGUGCCUGCUUCUGAGGGAGGGAAUUCAGAAGCUGUGGAGACACAGCUACCGUCGGACCUGCGUGGGGCUAAACAUUUCUUUGACAAGCGCUCCUUGCCUUCUGACAUCGAAGCUUUCCUGCGGUUUAACGAGGAAAGCAGUCUGAGGAUCAAAGCGAGUGGCUUGGUCAAGGGAGCUACCAAAGAGGCUGUCAAGAGGCUACAGGAGGAGCAGGCUCUAAAUUCUUGCAGGCCUACACAAAGUCGCAUGAAAUCCGAGUGAGUGUAUCUUUACUUAUCUUCUGAUUGUCGACUGCAGCAACUCAUGCUGCUCGUGCAAAGAAUUUUGGUGCCACUUUGGAGUUAAGACUGAGUGAUCCGAAAGUAGAGGUUUGUCUCUCCAUUUAUUAAAACUCCAAACCGCGGAUGAAAAGGCUUAAACGAGUCAAUGUUAAAUUAUUUACAGCAGUAACAAAAUUUAUAACAAUCCUUUGCUGCAUGCAGUAUUUAUUUUUAUUUCUAAGGAAAUGGAUAGAAUUGCCAAGCUGUAUGAGUUUGAUAACUUAAUGGUAGUCAUUUCCAUAGUGGUAGUCUGUUGCUUUAGUAGGAUUAGACAAAUGAGUUCGGGAUGGCUGUGGAAUAUAAUUAAUCGGGCUAUCAACAAUUUAGUCAAACAAAUGCCUAGUUUUCUGAAGCAUGAGGAACUGACAGCAGAAAGCUUAUUAGUUGACACAUUACAUAAUAAUUCAACACAAAAUUGUUCUUAAUGAAGACAAAAUUUACUUGCGAAUAACAGAGGUUUAGAAUUGUACGGUGUGAAGCAGUGAACUCUCUUAAUAUAACAGAAUUUAUUAAGACCUCGGUUAUUUAUAUAUUUAGAACAGGAAUGCAGCCAAACCACCUAACAUCUAAUUCGUAUAGACACAAGUUCUUCGUUAUAACAAAGCUUACACAUUCUUUUAUGAUAACUUGAAACUCGACGUAUUUUCUGGGAUGUGUUGUUUGUGCCAACUUCAAUGCACUAAAAAUGUGCGAUCUUGCACCCCAUUCCGGGGUGGAAUGAAUUUUUAAAAAGCUAUUUGCCAUCAAGACCUUGCACCCGUUGCUAAUUGAUAAUUCCAGUGAAAGGUAGUCUCAAACCUGUACUGAAGUACAGAACGACACUAUCGCAAAUGAAGAAUUAUUCUGUCGCAAAACACUUUUUAAAAAAUUGUAUUCUGCCUUUUCGUGCGUCUUAGUUGUCAAAUUUAUUGUGGUUGACUGAAAAAUGCACACAUCGUAGAAAAUUAAAUUCCACGUGUGCAAUUCAAUUGAUUGAAAUUCGUAACCAUUGUGCAAUGCUGCUUAACCCUCUACUGCCGGAUGUUACUCUCUGGGAGCGUAACUUUCAACUUGAAUUAUACAUAAACUAUUGAGUGUAGCAAC